UUUAAAAGCAAAACAAAUAUAUAUCCUACCUUACCAAAAACAUACAUUUAUUCAACAAUUCUAUAAUGGGGAAAGAAAGAAUUAGUAAUUGCAUGAUCAUACUUAAGCUUAUCAUGAGAAAGCUCAAGAGUACUCAUCUUCAACUAAUUCCCAAAUAUUCCAAUAAACAUCAAUUUGAUGUUGUGGAAAUGGAAACUCCAAGAGAAAAUAAUGAAGUGGUACCAAAUGAUGUUAAAGAAGGACACUUUGCUAUAUUUUCAGUAAAUCCAAAGGAAGAGCCAAAGAGGUUUAUUGUGGAGCUACAUUGUCUCACUAAUCCAUCAUUCUUGAAAUUAUUAAAACAAGCUGAAGACGAAUAUGGAUUCCAACAAAAGGGUGUUCUUGAAGUUCCUUGUAGCGCCGCGGAAUUGGAAAAGAUUUUGGGGGCGUCAGCCUUACACACUGAAGAUUGGAUUGCUUGAAUCACGAGUCUUAUCAUCUCAUAUUAAUAAAAAGUGAUUUUGGAAAUCUAAGAUUGGAUAUUAAGAUAGUUCCUUCUAUGCUAGCUAGAGCUAGGUUAAAAUUUCAAACAUUUUUUUCUUCAUUUGGUCUAAUUAUUUGUCC